AUUCCGGAUAAACACGAACCUUAUACCUACUUACCUAUUGUGUCCUCAUAUUAUUGUCUUAUAGACGAAAGUAACCAAGUCUUUCACGCCGGUAUAACGUUCAAUUGCAUACAAUUAAUCAAAAUGUAAAACUUUUAACUUUGCGGAAGAAAUAAUCGGUCAUAUUUCGUUAUACAUGUGCUCUUAGUAAAGCAAACAUUCAUUUUAUUCAAGUGUUUUAGUCACUCAUUAUCAGUCUCAGAAAAAUGGUGGAAUCAGAUCAUAGUGACAGUGAGAGUAACCAAGUUAUUGCGGAAUCUAAUGAAUCAAAAGAUAAUGGCUCUACAAAGCGUCCUCGAGAAGAAUCAUCCGAUGUUGAGACAGAUGCACCAGUCAAAAAAGCUCGCACUGAUGAGUUAAUCAGUGAUGAAAAUACUACUUGCGAUGAUGACUGCAAGAAAGUUGAUGACAAAACCAGUGAAAAAGAGAAAGAGAAGAAUGGUGAAAAUGACAACACAGAUUUACAGAAUACAUCCAAGGAUGCAGAUACAACUGCUACAGAUAGCGAGAAAAUGGAACUUGAUUUGAAAGAUAAUUCAGACAUUGAAAAAAAAGAAAUCGAUGAGAACAAAGAAAAGAAAGAAGACGAUACUGUUGAAAAAGUUGAAGAAAAUGGCGUAGCAAAUGGAAAAAAAGAAGAAAAGGAUGUAGAAGGCUCAGAAACAGAUUCAAAGAAAUCCUCUGAUCAAAAUUUGGAUGAAAUAAAAGAGAAAUCUAAGAAAAAGAAAAAGGAAGAUUCAGAAAUCAUAAAUGGUGUAGAACUUGUAGUUGAAUGUGCUAGUGACAAAGAGUCUAGCGAACAGAGUGAAGAAGAAAAAUCUGAAAAGCCUAGAGCUAAAACAAUGAUUGUUAGAGAGAAACCAAAUGAUUCUGAAGUAGAUGCUAGUUCUUCUGAUACAGAAAAAUCAAAUGCGCCUAACUCAGCUGAAGCAAAAUCACCAGCUGCUAAGGCCAGUAGCAGUCCAAAGACUACUGAAAAAAAAUCUGUUAAGAAAGGCAAAUCAAAAGCUCCAUCAAAACUUUUGUCUGCUUCAGAGAAUAGUGCAUCAGGUUCUGAUGAAGAGUAUAGUCCAGCCAAGGUCAAGGCCAAGAAAUCUAGUCCUAAGAAAAAUGUGGAAAAAUCUACAGAAGCCAAAAGAGGAAGAGGACGUCCUAGGGGUAGGCCACCAAAAACUCCUAAAAAUACAGGAAAACGAUUAGAAGAAGAAAAAAACAAAGACCAAAAAGAAUCCACAAAGGAAAAAUCUGAUGAAAAUGUUGAAAAGGAAACAGAUGAAAAACCGGAAGAAUCAAAUGACAAAAUUGAAUCUAAAAAUGAGGAUUCAGCAAGUGCAUUAUCUAGUAAUGAGAAAAGUGACAAUGAAAGUAAUAAUGAUAGUGGUGAUACGAAAAAAAAGUCAGGUAACACGGAAAAAAUACAGAGAUUGAAAAAAUACAUAAGAGCUGCUGGAAUCCGAGUUAGGUGUUACCAAACCUUGCUAAAAGAUUGCAAAACUGAUGCAGCCAAAGUAAAAUUCCUUCGUAAUUUUCUGGAGGAAAAUGGAAUAGUUGGAAGACCAACAUUAGAAAAAUGUGAAAAACUCAAGAAGAAAAAUGAAACUAAGAAAGAAAUUCAAGAACUGGAUACUAGUAAUAUCAUUGCAGAAAGUCGUGUUACUCGCGGUACUCGAAGCGCUCGAAAAUUACAGGCUGAACCAGAAGUAGCUACAUCUCCGGUUCAGAAAUCGCGUAAAAGGAUCCAAUCAGUUGUUGAUAGCGAUUCCGAAUAAGAUUUUAUUACAAGUAAAAUUUAUAACAGUAAUUUUUCAAACAAAUACUAUUUUUUAAAAAUAUUCGAUACAUCGUACAAAAAUUCGACCUUCAAAUAUUUUAUUAACUAUGAUGCUGUUUAUAUAAAUGUUGCAUAUAUUGUUCCAUUUGCACUAAAGGUGAAUCAAGAAAUAUAAAUGUUCAUUUAUUGAUCACCUAUAUAUAAGGUAAAAAACUAAAAAGAAUUUGAUUAAAGCACUUGAUUUUACUGAAUUGUAAAACGUUGUCUUAAAAUAAGGAUUUUUCUCAUUAGGCGUACUUUAAAUGUACAUUACGUUGAUAUUGAUAACAUCAUGUUUGUGAAUACAUUACUGUUCUAUAGUACCUACAAAUGAUUAUAAAAAUGUUCCAAUCACUUUGUUAUAAGAAGAUGUAUGUACACUUGCAUGUAUAUGAAAAGAAAAUAUUUUUUUUAUUCACUUGACUGUUUAUUACAAAUAUAUAUAUAAAAUUUUUAAUACA